CCCCUCAAAAAGAGAGUAAGCGAGAGAACAAGAAGAGAGGAUUUGUGUUGCAGGCGUUACGAACUCGAGCACGGGUGGUCGGAGAAUCCAUGGGGGAGGAGGAGAAGAAGCCGGAGGAGGGGAAGAAGGAGGCGGCGGGGGAGAAGCAAGCGGCGCCAGAGGAGGGGAAGAAAGAGGAGAAAGAGGAGAAGGAGGAGGAAGGGAAGGAGAAAAAGGAAGGCGAGAAAGGUGGCUGCGGCGAGGGGGAGAAGAAGGAAGAGAAGGAGGCGCCGCCUCCUCCUCCUCCACCACCGGAGGAGGUGGUGAUGAACGUCUACAUGCAUUGCGAAGGGUGCGCGAGGAAGGUGCGAAGGUCUCUCAAGGGAUUCGAAGGGGUGGAGGCGGUGACGGCGGAUUACCGGCUUCACAAGGUGGUGGUGAAGGGGCGGAAGGCGGCGGAGGACCCGAUGAAGGUGGUGGAGAGAGUCCAGAGGAAGAGUCGUAGGCGGGUGGAGCUCAUCAGUCCCAUUCCCCCACCAAAGCCAGAGAAGAAGGAACAAGAGGAGGAGGAGAAGAAACCAAAGGUUGAAGAAAAGAAAGAAGAGCCCCAAGUGAUCGUGGUACUGCUCAAGGUCCUCAUGCAUUGCGAAGCCUGUGCCCAGGAGAUUAAGAAAAGGAUUCUUAGGAUGAAAGGGGUACAGGCGGCAGUGCCGGAGCUGGCGAGUUCAACGGUGAAAGUAACGGGCGUGUUCGACCCAGAGCGGUUGGUCGCUUACGUCCACAAGCGAACGGGGAAGCACGCGGUGGUGGUGAAGCAGGAGCCAGCGGAAAAGAAGCCAGAGGCAGCGCCGGAGAAGGCCGAUGGCUCCACGGAGGCGGAAGUCAAGGACAAGAAGAAGUCCGAGGCCGGCGAGGAGAACGAGAAGAAGGAGGACGGCGAGGGCGAGAAGAAAGAGGACGAGAAAAAGGCCACGAAGGGCGCAGGCGAAGAGGAGAAGAAAAAGAACGCCACCGCGGGCGGCAACAGCGAGGAGAACCAGACCGAUAAGGAGAAGAAGAACGGUGGUGCAGUGACGGAGGCCACCGUCGUCGCCGUCGUUGCUACCGCCGGCGCGGACGGCGCCGCGGGUAAGAUGAGGAGGAACGAGUUCUACUAUUAUUACCCGAGAUACCCUGUGGAGUAUGCGUAUCCGCCGCAGAUCUUCAGUGAUGAGAAUCCUAAUGCAUGCGCUGUCAUGUAAAAAAGUAGCCUUUUAAAGGACUCUAUUUUAUAUUUGUUGGCAAAGAGUAUGUGACCUAUUAUGCUUCUGUUUUGUUACUUCCUGUUUCAUGUGUUUUUGAUCCUUCAUGUAAUUAUAUCCAGUAAAGAAAGCAUAGGAAUAUUGUGCAUCGGUUUGCUUAAAUAUAACUGAUUUAUGUU